GACUGGCUUUGAAGUUGUGGUCCUCCUGCCUCAGCCUCCCGAGUCACUGGGAUCACACGCGUGCGCCACCCCGCCCAGCCCGAUAUUCCCUUCUCAGCCUGAGCUGUCUGUAUUUUUAGCCAAACAUAUAAACCAGGAAUUGGGGGCAUACGGUGUCGUUGUUACCCUUCAUCAGCCACCAAGAGAGUCUGUGGUGACCAGUGCACUUGGAGGUCUGGGUGGUGGGGCCGAGAGCGGCCACUCGGGCUCCAAGUCCACAUCAGGGUCCCUCGGCUGUCCACCUCCUGCCUAUGCAGCGCGCGUCUCAAGGUUCACGUGGUUUGCUCUCCUCCCUGAGUACCGAGGCUGGACUUCAGGGUCAGCCAAGGUGGCCCGGACAGAAAGAGCUAGCGAGAUAGCGGGCACAUUUUUAGCCCUGGACACCACCGCUGGGUGAAGGCGGCCAGCUCACCCCUCCCGGGGCCCCACCUCAGCCUGGGCCCCAGAGGCUGCUGUCUGCAGGAACCGCCUGGGGACAGAGGACGGCUCCUCCCGAGGUCGGGCGCUGCCGCUCCCAGUCUCCACUGCACGCCUGCGCUGUAAACUGUGCUCAGGCAGCAGAAGGGACGCGACGUCGUUGGGGGUCAGACACACUGGUGAGGAGCCGGCAGUGGGUCCUGUGAUGGGGCCUUCAUCGUCCUGAGGAAGCCGAUGGCUGCCCCGGGGGUAAUAAUAGUGCCUACUCCUCUAGCAGCCUUCUGGGGAUUUCUGAAUUCCUAAGCAUAAAGUGCUCAGGGCCACGUGGGCCCAGAGUGGGUCCUGGUAAAAGGUGUCUUUGAUUUGUCCUUCUGCCCGCUCUGUCCCCGGGAACCCAGCCCUGCUGCUCUGACGUUCUGUUCCUGUUCUUUGCCGCCACAGUGGAGCCGGCCUGAAAACCUCUGAGGACUCAGGAUCUCCCAGGAGAACUGGGAUCCCAGGAGCCGACGGGAUGUCCUCCCAGCCCGAGAAGAGGGUGGCCUCCUCUGUGUUCAUCACCCUGGCGCCCCCGCGCCGCGAUGUGGCUGUGACUGAGGAAGUGAGGCGGGCGGCUUGCGAGGCCCGGUGUGGCCGUCCCUGGGAGUCCCCUGCCUCCGUGAAGGCAGCGGGGGCUGGCUCAGUGGGGAAGCCCAGCCCCUGGGUGCCCUCGGGCAGGGCUGCAGCCCCUGUGCCAACUGUACCACCACAGCUCUCCAAUGGAGGAUGCUCUCCCCCUCCUCCCGCCCCGGAUGUGGAGGACGCACUUGGUGACCUGGAUCUCCUCCCGCCGCCUCCGCCGCCCGCUCCUGGGGAGGCGUCCCCAGGGGGGACAUCACUCAUUUCAGACUUGGAGCAGCUGCACCUGCCCCCACCCCCACCCCCACCACAGGCCCUGGCAGAGGGCCCGUCCGUCCAGCCUCGGCCGGGUCACCUCAGGCCCUCAGAGGAGCUGCCGCCUCCCCCAGAAGAACCUACCAACUUCCCAGAGAGAGAGACUUCCACAGACAUCUGCGCCUUCUGCCACAAGACCGUGUCCCCCCGAGAGCUGGCCGUGGAGGCCAUGAAGAGGCAGUACCACGCACAGUGCUUCACCUGCCGUACCUGCCGCCGCCAGCUGGCCGGCCAGAGCUUCUACCAGAAGGAUGGGCGGCCCCUCUGUGAGCCCUGUUACCAGGACACCCUGGAGAAGUGUGGCCGGUGUGGCGUGGUGGUCCGGGACCACAUCAUCAGGGCCCUGGGCCAGGCCUUCCACCCCGCCUGCUUCACCUGCGUGAGCUGCGCCCGGUGCCUCGGGGAUGAGAGCUUCGCGCUGGACAGCCAGAGUCAGGUUUACUGCCUGGACGACUUCUACAGGAAAUUCGCCCCCGUGUGCAGCAUCUGCGAGAAUCCCAUCAUCCCCCAGGACGGGAAGGAUGCCUUCAAAAUCGAGUGCAUGGGGAGAAACUUCCAUGAAAACUGCUACCGAUGCGAGGACUGCAGUGUCCUCCUGUCCGUGGAGCCCACGGACCAAGGCUGCUACCCGCUGAACGACCACCUCUUCUGCAAGCCCUGCCACGUGAAGCGCAGCGCCGCGGGCUGCUGCUGAGGGCACCCGCCAGCCGCCGGCCGGCCCUGACCUCCUCCUGCAGCCUCCUUUCCGAGCCUCGCUGGGGACCAACGGGCAGCUCAGCCCAGCAUGUGGGGGUGUCCGGAGCUGAGCCACCUGGGGCUCAGAGGUGGGGCAGGGGCACAGAGACCCCAGGCCUUCAACGCCUCCUCCUGCCCCUGAAGGCUCCUUGCUGUGACCAUCACGCCCGGAGUCCCCUCCAGCCCCUCUCGAGUGCUGACCCAGGGGGCACCCGUGUCCCCAGCAGAGGGUGCUGAGGCCAGCUUGGCGUGCAGGGCCAAGCUGGGUGAGGAAAAACUCCAAGGUCACUUAAAAAGCGCUUUUGAAGAAUUUUGAGGCUUAAAUGAUGGGGAACAAUAUUCUUCAGACUUGGGGAGACAGAUCUUUUUUUCUUUUAAUCAUUUGCUUUUGGGGGGGAUGAAAUCUUAAGACAGCUCUCCCCCUGGUUCAUAAAUGUAGAAGAAUGUGACCUACUGGUGACACAGCCUUGGGCUUCCCACCCCCGAGUAAGGCUGGGCUGGGGCAGGAGCAGGGACAUCAGCAGCCCCUCACCUGCCCUCUGGCCCUCCUCCCGUGCUGCAGCGAGUCAUCGAGGCUUGGAUUAAGUGCCUUCUGUAUGCUGGGCGACAGGGACAGGGCCGUGUCUUUCCUGCAGUCUUACCCGGGACUGUGCAGGCCACACCCACACACCCACACUCCUCAGGAGGGGUUUGGGGCAGGUGUCCCUCCAGCCCCCAGUUGCCCACCAAGUCUCACUGGGGCCCUGCAGCCCAGGCUGCCCUGUAGCCACUGCCUCCACUCGGCCACACCUAGAAGGUUCUUCCCUCUUAAGGAAAACCGCUGUUGCUUCCUAACAUCACUAGGCGUCUGGCGGAAAGGUCGACACGAGCUUGGGUUCUCCACACACCACACGCACCUGUGAGCACUUGGGUCUGGGCCCUGGGGUGGAGCCGCGAGACCCACACCUCAGCACUCACAGCCACUGCCACAGUUUCUAUGGUAACCGAGGACCUCCUGUCCUGCUACUUGGCUAGCUUCAUGUCCUGCCUUCUUUUAUUCCUUCCAGCCUGGCCUCCUGCUAAGCAGUGAACCCUUCUAGUGACACGUUCGCCAAGUGUGAGUUGUGUCUUUCUGGCCUACACGUGCAAAUAAAUGUGUCGCUCUCAGAAGCUGGCCUGUGUCCCAUCCACGAUCUUGUGGGGCG